GCGCGGAGGAGGCGGCAGCAGCGGUGGCCCUGCAGGCGCCAAGAUGUUUGACAGUUCGCAGUAUCCCUACAAUUGCUUCAAUUAUGACGCGGACGACUACCCGGCGGGCAGCUCUGACGAGGAGAAGCGGCUCACGCGGCCAGCGUACAGCUACAUCGCGCUGAUCGCCAUGGCCAUUCAACAGAGCCCGGCGGGUAGGGUGACCCUGUCGGGCAUCUACGACUUCAUCAUGCGCAAGUUCCCCUAUUACCGUGCCAACCAGCGUGCCUGGCAGAACUCCAUCCGCCAUAACCUGUCCCUCAACAGCUGCUUCGUCAAGGUGCCGCGGACAGAGGGCCACGAGAAGGGCAAAGGCAACUACUGGACGUUCGCCGGCGGCUGCGAGUCGCUGCUAGAUCUCUUCGAGAACGGCAACUACCGCCGGCGGCGGCGGCGGCGCGGCCCCAAGCGCGAGGGGACCCGGGGGGCGCGCGCGGCCGCCGCGGAGAUGCCCCCGGGUCCCCCUGAGCCAGCCGGCGCGGGGACGUCCCCGGCGCCCCGCCCCAAGCCCCCGACCCCCACCAGCCCGGCCAGCCCCGCGGCGCUGGGGAGGGAAGAGCACAGAGACAUCAAGUUCAGCAUCGACUACAUCCUCUCGGCCCCGGACCCCUUUCCCGGGCUCAAGGCGCCCUGUGCGCAGGAGGGCAGAUGCCCUCGGCGGGAGGCCCAGCCCAUGAACCUCCACCUGUGGCCCAUGUGAGCGGUGGAGGCUGACCCCCGCCCCGGGCUGGCACCCAGGCAGCCUGGGGUCUUCCUGGUGAUUUCAGCCCCACCUCCAGCCGAGACCUGGGGCUUCGCCACAUCCUACAAACUUCCAGACUCAUGCUCAAUGCUGAAAGCAGCCGCCGGGGUGGAGAGAAGGAAGGUGAUCUGGUGAAAAGCGAUCAUUUCAGUGCCGUGGCUCGAUCCCUUCAGAAAGAAAACCCACCAGGGUCCUGUUGACCUAAGAGUUGGCUCUAGAUUCGCCAAGUGACCCUGCUUAAGAACUCAGGUUCAGGGUCAGGUUCAUUUAGCGUCAAGGUAACUUUGGAGAGUGUGCUUCAUGAACCACUGCCCGCAGAACCUGCCAGCAAACUGUGUCCAGUCAGGGAACUGUGGGCAUCUUCCCUAGAGCUGGACACAACCAAGUGCCAUCAGGGCAGCUAUUAACUGACCCCCAGAAUGAGGCGCAAGGGUUUUGCCUCUGUCCCUGUUCUGGAUGAUGUGACUGGAAGUGAUACAUGCAUCUCGUGUUGUGGGCAGAUGAUUAUUUAUUGAUGGUUGUUUAAAAAGUUCCGUGCACUUUUUUA